CCAAGCGGUCGCGAAAAACUGGCGAGAAGAAGAAAUUGGCUAAUAAGGAAGCGUUUAUUGCGUUUUAAACGCAAUAUAGUGACCGGAUCCGUAUCCGUAUCGGGUUAAUGGCAGAGCAGAGUGCGCCGGGAACUGCCUGUCCUUUCGUGUUCGUUUCGUGUUCCGGGUAUUUGUCAGUAACUGUAAAACCCAUUCGUCGACUACAUUAAAUUUCCAAAUUCGCCUUUGUUUUCUUUUCGUCCGGCUCUCGAAAAUGAUGUUAUUCACCUACUGCCCGGACGAGCGCGACCCGCUGGGUCUGGGGCUCCUCAGCCAAGUGCCACCGCAGGCGCCUCGCGAGGACUGGCUGGUGGUGCUCAAAGUCCACACCAUUUUCGUCUUCACGCAACUGUUCCUGUUGCUGGCCUUCAUGGCCUUUGCCGUCUUCCAGCCCUGUUCGCAGCUCCGUCUCCUAUGGUACGUGCGCCAGCGUCGUCGCUAUGCCAGCUUCAUAUUCCGCCGUUUACUGCGUCAUGUGGACGAGGCGUUCGCCGAGGUAACAAGAAUGAACGUGAACGAACACGAUGAGCAGCAGCAGCAGCUACUGCUGGAGGGCUAUCUGGAAGCCAGAAAACGGGCGGAUCUGGCCAUUCGGCUGUUUAGGCGCGAUGCCUGUAAGGUACUAUAUCCGUCGCAGGAUCUUCUGACGUCAUCGCCCGGCGAAUUGUACUUUGUGGCCGACGGGGAGGAGCAGGAGAUGGCCGCGGCCGGCUACAGCAGUGCGGACGUCAAGGUUGAGGUUAGUGAUGAGUUCUUAAUGCAGCUGCUAUACCCGGAGCGGGUGCAAGUUUUAGCACCAAUGGAGUGAUCCUCUGACAUGGCAGGGUCCAUGUGUCCCUUCCCUGGGAUGGCAUCUUGCGACAUGAGCCGAGCACUGGGACUCGGGAUUGUUGAAAGAAAUCCUGUAGAAUUGGUGGAUCCACUGCCGGCAUAGGGUUGGACAUGUAUAGAAUGUUUUUUUUUUAGGAAAAUCCAUCUGCAAUUUUAUAAU